AUACGAUUGUGGCGUUCGGCUAGUUUCUCAACACUGUGCGAGCUCUGCGAGUGGUGGAAACAUUGAUAACCGACGAUGGCGACCUAAUGUGACACAAGCAAGCCUCCUGCCCUGCCAGUCGGCUAGCUAGCCUUAGACCGGGUAGUCUAUCGCUCUAUCCCGUUCCUAUUGCCAACCUCGCCGCAGUACGGCUCGAUCGUUCGUGGCGGGCCGUUCGUGUCACGGAGGCAAAAGCACAAUAUAGACUGCCUCGAUCUAGCCAUUCGCCGCACGCGAGAGAAUUAACGAAACAAGGGUCUACACCCCUACUGUUACCACUACACCACUGUUUUUUUUUUUUUUUGUCGUUCGUAUAUGCGUUCCCCGCCGUCGAGUGAUUGGAGUGCCGCGCUGUGAGAAUUGUGCUGCAGCAAGUGAAAGAAAUGCGCGGCCACUGAUGUGUCCUGCCUGCUUGCAUUCAUCCGGCUCGGAGAACUAUUGCUAUUGGGGGUGAAGUUCUUUUCCAACGUUUCGCCAACCAUAUCGCCGGGCCAAGCGUGGAAAGCGAGCGAUUGCGCGAUCAGUUGCUGCUAAUCAUCAGUCCAAGGAUCCAUCGCAUCCCGUACCCUUCACCGUGUGCGGAGCAUGUGUUGUGCCGCUUGUCUCAGACGACUGGACUAUGAGUUGUUUGGCACGCGGUAAGUGAGUGUUCAUGCUCAUCGCACAACAACAACCGAAUGCCCGGAGCUGGUGAAACAUUUGCGAAGAUCAAAGCCAUGUCCGGGUCUUGGGACGAUCGUUACUUGGCGCGCAUGUACUUGUGAGCGGGGAGGGUGAAUCGACGGUUUUGUGGCUGUUUGUGUACGGUGCUGAGGGUGAGAGAUUGCAAAGGUAUUUCGCAUCGCGGCGCUCACCCACGGAGCAUACCGAGAGUUUCGCGGGGGAAGUUAUCAGCACAACCCGGAGGCUCUAGACGACCCACGCCGAAAUUAAGUGCAACACGUCCAUCAGCAAUACUGAUCAGAAAUAUUUGUUCUGAAGAAUGUAGGGACAGCCACAACUACGGCGUGGCAUUACGAGUGUACGAUCCGUUGUGUACAAUCAGUUUGUACUUAAAGUGACUGUUACGAAAGAGCUUGAAAGAUCGGCACGGAUGGAAAUCGGUGCAAAUGGUACAGUGCGGCGUAGAUGUGUAAAAAUGUCCUGCAGGAGUGCGUACGCGGUGUCUAGCAGCACACACGCCCAAAUGUCGGGUGCAAAGCGAAUUUAAUGGAUUAUAGUAACUGUCCAGGCAUAGUAAAGGGGUGUAGACAGUGACACCAUUGCACCAAAGACGUUUUUAGCUCGCGGAACAAUGAUGCUCGAAGCAAUGGCGCACCUAAAGUCGAACCAACGCAUCGAGGACCAUCGGAACUUGGCCGACUGGUCGUUUUAUGCGAACGAGUCAUCCGGCGAGGAAUACUACGAAAUGCCGAUCGACAUGCGCUUCAACUCGGGCCACAUACUGUCCAUCAUGGUGUACAGUACGCUGAUGGUGUUUUCAGCUACCGGAAAUCUUACAGUGCUUCGAAUUCUGGCCCAACGGAAGGUACGGGCAUCGUCCAGAAUAAACAUAAUGCUAGCUCAUCUAGCUAUAGCGGAUCUGCUGGUCACCUUUCUAAUGAUGCCAUUAGAGAUUGGUUGGGCCUACACGGUGAGAUGGACUGCCGGGGAUGUGAUGUGCCGGGUGAUGGCCUUCUUCCGCACGUUUGGCCUGUAUCUUUCCAGCUUCAUACUGAUCUGCAUAUCGGUGGACAGAUACUUUGCUGUGCUGAAACCGUUGAAGGUACACGAACACCGUGGCGUACUGAUGAUUGCCGGAGCUUGGAUAAUGUCCGGUCUAUGUAGUCUACCUCAGUCGUUCAUCUUCCAUUUGGAAGUGCAUCCAAACAUCACGGGAUAUCAGCAGUGCGUCACGUAUCACUAUUUCGAGGAGGAAAUCUAUCAAAUCAUUUACAACGUUAUGGUGAUGUGUUUGAUGUACACCUUCCCGCUGAUAGUGAUCCUGUACUGCUACGGAUCCAUCUACUACGAAAUAUUUAGUCGCACAAACCCACGGAAUUUAGAGAGCUUCCGGCGCUCCAGUAUCGACGUGCUUGGUCGAGCAAAGCGGAAGACUUUACGGAUGACCAUAACGAUCGUGAUAGUGUUUGUGGUUUGCUGGACGCCUUACUACGUUAUGUCUCUGUGGUACUGGUUGGAUAAGGAAUCGGCCAAAAAUGUGGACCAACGGAUACAGAAGGGUUUGUUUCUGUUCGCCAGCACGAACAGCUGCAUGAACCCGGUGGUGUACGGUGUUUACAAUGUGCGGAAGAAACACACCGCCAAAAAUCAUCUGAAGGUGCAGGAUAAAAGCUGUGGCAGCCAUCUUACGAUGAAAGUGUGACCUAAGUGUUCAGUGUGUGCCGGUAUGGGGUUAUGAUUGUUUUUCGUGUUGGGGUAAGACGAUUGCAAUAAGACAGAAAGUACAUUUUAAGAAGUUAGCUUUACAGUGAUACAGCAUCUGAAAUGGGUACGGAACCUUUUGUGGGGAGCGGUGUGAAAUAAAACCAUGACGUAUCAAGUGGAUGAUAUAUCCAGGAAAAGAGUGGACCACAA